CACUCCAUGUUCAGUACAUUUUACUUGUUUUGACCAGGUUCAUUAUUAACCGGAAGACACAGAUAUUUGUUUCAUUUUUGAGAAUGCAUGCUUUGGGAGGUGGAGGUUAUGGCGGGUUCUGGGGAUGGGACUCAAUACCAAAGAAACCCAAACAACAAAGAAAGCGAUUCGAUUCCAAAUCCUCCAGUUCUGUCGAGGCCACCGGAGGACCCGGUUUCCGGUUCCCGUUAAAGCAAGCAGUGACGGCUGGCUCACUGGCUUUAACCGGAGACACUAUUGCUCAGCUCAGAGAGCGCUGGAGAAAGGCCAGGACUUUAGACUCCAACCCCACCUCUCAGGAUGUCACUCAAACUCUCCUCUCAGACCAUGAUUGGCUUCGUGCACUUCGGAUGACUUCUUAUGGGUUUCUGCUGUACGGCCCUGGCUCUUAUGCUUGGUACCAGUAUCUUGAUCAUUCUUUGCCAGGGAAAACUGUAGUGAACCUAAUUCUGAAGGUUUUCUUAAACCAAGUUGUUCUUGGUCCAUCUGUGAUUGCUGUUGUUUUUGCAUGGAACAAUAUAUGGCAAGGGAAACUCUCACAGCUUUCGGAAAAGUACCGGAGAGAUGCUCUUCCCACAUUACUUUACGGAUUUAGGUUUUGGAUACCUGUCAGCUUAUUAAACUUCUGGGUGGUGCCUCUUCAGGCCCGUGUAGCUUUCAUGUGUGUGGGUUCAAUAUUCUGGAACUUCUGCUUGUCUUCGACAAUGAGCAAGUAACAUAUGAGCACUUAUCGACACUAUAUAUCAGCAACCAAAACUUUGACCAUAAGGUAUCAGCAAUUCCAGAGGAAUGUGGUAGACCUCAUGUACGGAAGGAGCUGUCCAGAAGCAACUUCUUAAUUCAGUAAGUGUAGAGAUGAUUGUAAAAUCAUCAAUCUAGUGAGCAGAAAAUCAAUUAUUUACUGCUGGUCUGGAAAGAAUGGAAACUGAUACUUUCUUAUUUACCUGGUAAUUACUUUUGGUCUUUCACAUAAUCAAUUUUUUCAUAAUUUCAUGUUC